CUCCACUCAUUUACCCUCCCUCAAUAACCUAAACAAAAACCCCAGAAUAUCUCAUAUUAACAAAAAUCAAGAUGGCAUCAACUGCUUGCUUCCUCCACCACCACGCAGCCUCCACCACCGCGACAAGGACACCCUCGCAGUGUGUUGGGCCGAGCACCAGGCCCACUCAGAUCACCUGCAAGGCCCAAAAACAGCCCGAAGAUGAGCCCAACAAUGCGUUAUCACGUCGUCUGGCCCUCGGGGUACUAAUUGGUGGUGCAGCACUGAGUAGCAGAGCCUCCCCUGCUGAUGCUGCCUAUGGAGAAGCUGCUAAUGUUUUUGGGAAGCCGAAGACAAACACAGACUUUUUCGCUGUCAACGGAGAGGGAUUUAAGAUCUUGGUACCAUCGAAAUGGAAUCCUAGCAGAGAAGUUGAGUAUCCCGGUCAGGUUUUGAGGUACGAGGAUAACUUCGAUGCUAACAGCAAUGUUACUGUGAUGGUGACUUCUACUGAUAAGAAAUCCAUCAAGGAGUUUGGUGCACCUGAAGCUUUUCUAUCACAAGUUGAUUAUUUGUUAGGCAAACAAGCCUACUUUGGAAAAACAGCGUCAGAGGGUGGGUUUGAUCCUGAUGUCGUAGCGACUGCGAACAUACUGGACACUGCAGAGCCAGUUGUAGGAGGAAAAGAUUACUACAGCAUCUCGGUUUUGACGAGAACAGCGGACGGAGAUGAAGGAGGCAAGCACUUGGUUGUAACUGCAACUGUUUCAGACGGAAAGCUGUACAUAUGCAAAGCACAAGCAGGGGAUAAGAGAUGGUUUAAGGGAGCUAGGAAGUUUGUGGAGAGCACUGCUAGUUCUUUCAAUGUGGCAUAGUGAAACGAUGCUCUCUUGCUGUAGAUGAACCCAAUGCGUUUGUAAGAGGAUGGGAUGUGGGAUUUGGUUUUUUCUGGGAUCAUGACCUUUCUGUGUCUUGAGACGCUUGUGGUUAUGGUUUAUUUAGUUAAGUACAGACUCCCCCGCAUUUAAUUAAUAAAGGGGCUGGAUCUUCUCCAAUUAGGUGA